AUGCAGUUUUCCAAAGAUUUAAAACUUGCCCUUUACACGACAGCAAUAUCGCUCCUGGCCGUGACCGGGCUCCUGGUGGGAUUAAGAACAUGGGUUCAAAUUUCCUUAGCGGGACUACGCACCGAUGAUGCCUGCGCCUCGGCCAGCCUGGGAACCGAGACUGUCGAUAAAAACUCCGAAAACUACACUAAGCAGAUUAGGUUUGGUACCGUGUGUCUGAUCAGCUUUAGCCUCGGUAUGGCGCUGGUAAAAUGCUUUUUUGCCGUGUUACAUCUCCGCUUAUUUCCGAGCAGAUACGUUCGAAUAUUGAACCGCUGCAUUAUCGUUUACGUCCUGUGCCAGAGCACCGAGGAGAUUGUGGCAACCAUUUUUCGGUGCCAGCCGGUGGCGAAAACUUGGAACCCCGGCAUGGAGGGCGCUUGUGUUGAUACGAAAGUUGUAUGGUGGGUUGGCUUUCUAUCCAAUUUAUGCACGGAUUGUGUUCUUUUCCUUGAACCAAUCCCUUUUAUAUGGGGACUGCGGUUUAUGUCAAACACCAAAAAGAUCAGCAUUAGUUUUAUGCUGUCCUUGGGGAUUUUGUUAGUCUACCAGAGACAUUUGCCGAUGGUUGACAAGCUUUCACUGAAGCUAACGAUUCAAGCUAGCGUUUGCAUAAUUUCGGUCAAAAGGGUCGCGGUAACCGCAAAAACCACAAUCGACGACGGAAUAUGUCAGAUAUACUUUUACAACAAACCUCGUCGAACCACUAUUAUGGUCCAUCGCCGAGCUAAGCGCCCUAAUAAUAUGUUCCUGCAUUCCUGCGGCCCGCAAAACUUUGUGCCGCCUACCUUGGUUCAAACGUGCGUCACGUCUCGGUCCCAAACGGAGAUUGGGCCGAGCUGGGCGCUACAACAACAUAGCGGUAUUUUACGCGCCGCACCUUUUUUCAACAGGCGGGUGCGGUACGGCCGCUCCCUGCACGGCAAUGGUGGCGAUGCUGAUAUCGAGGCCGGCGCCUGCCCGGGCCGACCGAGGGUCGACGAAGAAAGUAAUAAAUACGACGGGCCCAUGGACAUUACAAUAGGGACCGAAGGCUCUGACUCCCCCAAGGUGGAAGCUCCGAAUGUCGUUGCCAUUCGAUGCGAGGUCCGGACCUCGUCAUUGUAUAACGUUAAUUAUAAAUUGAAAGUUUAA